CACAGGCGCAGUUUUCUAUUGUUGCUUUUGAACUUUGUUCUAAAUUGUACAGGUCUAGGAUGUCUUCCAGCAUUGAUAUUUCCUAAUCGCUCUGUGUAAAUGCCGCAGAAGUUCCUUAAACAGCCUUUUAAACACCUUAAGUUCCAGUCUUCAUCAUGUUAAGGGUCAGAGGAGUAUGACAGCGAGGAUCAGUCUCUUUGCUUUCUGUCCUGUAGAGCUGCUGGCAUUUCAUGAAACCAGUGUUGUAGUGUAUGUAGUGGAAGUGGUCUGGUCCGUGUGGUUAUGGAGGGGUUUUGGGCUGUGUUUUUCCCCGUGCUGAGGGUCUGGUUCACCUGUCUGGUGGUCUUGAUCAUGCUGCCUGCCAUGUUUGGGAUCUCUCUGGGCAUCACUGAGACCUACAUGAAGAUCCUACUCAAAACCUUAGAGUGGGCAACACACAGAAUCCAAAGGGCAAGUAGAGCAGAGGAGAUACUGAAACAUUCCGCAUCAAAUGGUUUAAUUCAGCGGGAUAAUUCCUCUUUGGAGCAGGAGAUCGAGGAGUUGCGUCGAAAUCGGCCGAAGUCGGCCGAGCGUGGGGACUUCACUCUGAGCGACGUCCUGUACUUCAGCAAGAAAGGCAUUGAGAGCAUUGUGGAAGACGAUGUCACGCAGAGAUUCACCUCCGAGGAGCUGCAGUCCUGGAACCUCCUCACCCGAACCAACAACAACUUCCAGUACAUCUCUCUCAGACUCACUGUACUGUGGGGAGUUGGUGUGGUCGUGAGAUACUGCAUACUGCUUCCUCUACGGAUUACACUCACAGCUAUAGGGCUGAGCUGGCUGGUGAUUGGCACAACGUUGGUGGGUUUCCUCCCAAAUUUCAGAGUGAAGGGUUGGUUGAGUGAGCUGGUCCACUUGAUGUGCUACAGGAUCUGUGCAAGAGGCCUUUCAGCUACCAUUCACUACCACAACAAACAGAACAGGCCUAAGAGAGGAGGCAUCUGUGUAGCUAAUCACACUUCGCCCAUCGAUGUCGUUAUUCUGGCUAAUGAUGGCUGUUAUGCAAUGGUAGGACAGGUUCAUGGUGGUUUAAUGGGGGUUCUCCAGCGGGCCAUGGAGAGAUCUUGCCCUCAUAUCUGGUUUGAGAGAGCAGAGAUGAGAGACCGCCACCUAGUGACACAGAGGUUAAGAGAUCAUGUAAAUAACAAAACCAAGCUGCCAAUACUCAUCUUCCCUGAGGGAACGUGCAUCAAUAAUACAUCAGUAAUGAUGUUUAAAAAGGGAAGUUUUGAAAUUGGAGGAACUAUAUACCCCGUGGCUAUAAAGUAUGACCCUCAGUUUGGAGAUGCUUUCUGGAACAGCAGUAAAUAUAGCAUGGUGAGCUAUCUGCUGCGGAUGAUGACGAGCUGGGCUAUAGUCUGCAACGUCUGGUAUCUGCCUCCAAUGACACAGGAGGAAGGAGAGGAUGCUGUGCAGUUUGCCAACAGAGUGAAAUCAACCAUUGCACAACAAGGAGGUUUAGUGGACUUGGCCUGGGAUGGGGGUCUGAAGAGGGCAAAGGUGAAGGAUUCGUUUAAGGAGCAACAGCAGAAGAAGUACAGUCACAUGGUGGUGGGUGACGACAGCAGUGACUGAACACAUCAUUUCCCGGUCACAAAAGUACAGGAGGGUCUACUUAUACUACUGCUGCUAAAAUACGCUUUAAAGAUAUUUAUAAAUGGGGCAUAGAUAUAAAUAAAUAUGCAUUGCAAAUGCAAAUGCUAUAGAUCCCAGUUUCUUAUGAGCUGCACUGCUUUUCUGUGAAGAGUUUUAUUUGCUGGAAUAUUAAUUGGGUGAAAAGGCUUUUGCGAGUUCAUUUUUAAAAAGGACAAAAUUAUAAAUGCACGAUUGGGGUUAAUAUUGACUUUGGUAUGUGAUAAUUUAUUUCUCAGAGCAAAAAAACAUUUGUUUUUGUUAUAUAUUUUUUUUUACUUUAAUUUUUUGAGUCACAUAUGUCUAGUAUUGUGAUUAGUCCAUGACCAAAUACACUUAUUUUAUUAAACUCAAGGUUGCCACAGCCAUGAAAUCCUGGAAAUAUGAGGGAUAAAUUAUGAUUUUUUUUUUUUUUUUUUUUUUUUGGAAAAAAGAAA